AAAAUUAUAAAAAUAGACAGGAAAAACCGAGAUCCAAACAGUUAAAGCAAGUUUACUUCAAGUUGUGUAUUGUGUUCUGUCCCAAAAUAUCGACUGAAAAAAAUUGAACGCAAUAAUUGGUGUUGGCACGUGCGAAAAGUGAAACUAGAAAGUAGUAUGUUCAGUGUCAAAAACGUUUCAUGUGACAUAAUAUUUUUGUUUCAAUCGCUCACAUCAGUCAAUAGAGAGAAACAUCAAACUCAACACCAACAAAAUAUUUCGUCAGACACAAAAGAAAAAGACAUUAUUCAACGAUAUUUUUUUCCUUAUUCCACAGUUAUUUGAAAUUUGGUGGAAAUAAUAUCGAAUAGAAAGAACUAAAAACUUUGAAAAAGGAACGAAAAAAAUUGCCCAAAAAGAAAGAAAAGAAAAGAAAAACACAUAAAUAGAUUUUAAGUGUACAGAAUAUUCAAUGAAGUAUUUGUAAAUUGUUAGUUUGUUUUACUUUUGUAAAUUUUCUCUCUCUUCAUCAUCUGAAUUUAAUUUGUUGAUGCGAACGCUUGUGUCUGCUUCGCUUAGUUUAUUUAGUACUACGACAUUUUUUUUUUUCAUUUCAAAGGAAAAAGUGUUUUCAAACGUGAUAGAAACAAGUAAAUUAAUAUAGGUUCCAAACCAGAUAUAGUAAAUAAGCGUGAAUUGGUUAUGGAAGAAUAUUAAUCCAUACGUAAAAAAAGCCAUCCAUGAGUCUUUCGAGAGAAAUGAAAAAAAUUGCAGUUGUAUUUACUGCGUCAAUAACAAACGAAAACGUCAUUUUAUAAAUUUCAUGGGCAAUUCGAUUAGUCGAAGUGCAAAUCAAUCAGCACACGAAAAUCAACCAAAUACAAAUUCAAAUCGCAUUCGAUUCUCCGAGUCAUUGUCGUCAUUAUCGAAUUUCACAAACAAAUAUCGCUUCGGAUCACGUAGAUCGUACUCGCUGUCAACCAUUGAUCCAAUUUUCAAUCAACAUCAAGAACAAACAACAACACGACCAUUACCAAAAUCAUCAUCGCAUCAGCGUUUUGCACGAAGUUUGGCCAUUUUGAAUCGUAACGCAUCGAAUUUGAUUAGUCGCAGUCACAGUCAUCUAGUGAAUUUAUCAAGAUCAUUACCACACGUUGCUUUGCCCCGAUUUUUAACCAGAUCAACAUCGACACUAUCGCCGGAGGAGUUAGCCUUUUCAAGUCGAAGCAUUUGGCCGACGCCAACGAUUGUACUACUAUUUUCACCGCAAUUUAAGCGUAUCAAUCUCGCUUAUCUGCAUGAAAAGUACGAAUUUCAUGGAAUAAUUGCAUCUGGGGCAUUUGGAACUGUCGUUCGUUGCAUCGAUCGCAAUGAAAAGAAAGAAUAUGCACUAAAAGUUCUCGAAAAAUCUCAGAUCAUCAGAGAUAAAGCAGUGCGUCAAUUAAAGAAUGAAGUGGACAUCCAAAGCGUUUGCGGCCACAAUACGUUCAUUGUUAAGUUGAUAUCAUUUUGGCAAUCACACCGAGAAAUUUAUUUGCUGUCCGAAUACAUUGGUGGCGGCGAAUUGUUUGAUACGAUUCGUAAAUUUCCCUACAAAUUGAUACAAUUGUAUGUGGCCGAAAUAGCGUUGGCUCUUGACUUCCUACAUAACGCCGGCGUAAUUUAUCGCGAUUUAAAGUCCGAGAAUAUUCUUCUUGACGACAAAUUUCACAUCAAAUUGACCGAUUUUGGGCUGAGUAAAUUUUUAAAAAUUGGACAAAGCACUAACACAAUCUGCGGAACGCUACAGUACAUGGCGCCGGAAAUUAUUUUGGGAAUUCGCAGCGGAAAUUUUGUUACCUAUGAUCAUUCGGUAGACUGGUAUGCGCUGGGAGUAGUCGCGUGUCGAAUGCUUACAAAUCAGUUUCCCGAAGUAAUUGAAGCAGAAAUGGUGACAAGCACAUCGAACCCCACUUCCAUUUAUGAUUGUACCGAUAAUGCCCGUGCAAAUACCGACGGCGAUUAUCAGAUGCCCAUAUCGCCAACAUUACCAAUUUUGAAAUCCGAAUGCAAUGACCAUAAAUUCAAUGAAGGAUCUGUUCGUUUGCCUGUUGAGUGUUCAGCAUUGCCGUCGGAUGGUCGUGAUUUGUUGUUGCGUUUGUUGGCAUAUCGCCCAGAGCAUCGUAUACGGUCAAUAUUCGCAUUACAGCGUAUUGCAUUUUUCAUGGGAUUCAAUUUUGAUGAUGCAAAAAAGAAAAAGAUAAACCCACUCGAUCUAAUGGAUUCCACGGAAAUAAUUUGAGAGUGCCGUAUGGUGCCGUACUAGAAUUAUAAAUUAAAUGUUUCACAAGAUAUUAUUUUAGUUGAAUCCGUCCACUUUUUCAAUGGCUUUUAUUCCAGUGUUUCAAU